AUGGUGGCAGCGACAUACGACACGCGACCGCGUGAAGAGCGUGACUACCGUGAGAUAUAUGGCGAUCUUGAUGAAACACAGCGGCUAGGCGUGGUGGUGGUGGAACAGCCUCCUGCAGAAACAGCUCCUCCAGCACCACUUCCACUUGCAAGACCGGUAUUUGUGAGAAGAGAACGCAAGGCGCCAGUUUCUCGAAUGUCAAAAGCACUUAUAGAGCACGGCUUUCGAGCUUCCCGUGGUGCUGGUCCGGUCAGGUCUCAUUAUCUUAGGCAAAACUGGCCCAGCGAUAAUAGCAGCGAUGCCUUAGAGAAAAAGGAAGCAGACAGCGAAACACAGAAAGUGGCCUCAAAGCAGCCUCCCAAAAAUACCUUUGAUUUUGACAAAAAAGGGUUGAGUCGGCGACAGGUUCGCUACGAUCUAGACGAACAGGACGAACAGUUCCUCAACUGGCGCAACGGCCGCCUGACGGCGCGUAUUAACCUCUCGCGUGAGGCCCUAGAACUCGCUAUCACGGUGCUUGAAGAGGAAUGGCACCGCCUUGAAGUGCGGAUGGGUGGCAUGGGCGGUGAUCUUGACGAAGACGAGGCAGAGCUCGAUGAGAGCUUUGAUAAGUACGGCAACGACGACGGCAUUGCGGGGGCUGCUUCUAUCCUGGAGCAGCGUUGCGCCGUGUGUAACGACCUGGAGGGCCACAACGGCAACGCCAUCGUCUUCUGUGACGGCUGCAACAUCGCAGUACAUCAAGAGUGCUACGGAAUUGCAUUUAUUCCUGAGGGCCAGUGGUUUUGUCGCCGCUGCAUGCUUGUCAGAGGCCACAGCGAGUGCAGCUUUUGUCCCUCUCGCCUGGGUGCUUUCAAGCAGUUGGACAAUGGCUUGUGGAGCCAUGUUGUCUGUGCGCUUUGGAUUCCAGAAGUGUAUUUUGCCAACCCAAUCUACAUGGAGCCUAUUGAGGGCGUGGGUGCGGUGCCAAAGACGCGAUGGAAAUUGGUGUGUUACAUUUGCAAGCAGAGAGUGGGCGCUUGCAUCCAAUGCACAAACCGUCUGUGUUUCCAGGCGUACCACGUCACCUGUGCCAAAAGAGCAGGGCUCUACAUGGCAAUGGAGAAAGGUGUUCAUGGAGCUCUUGCUCUGAAAGCAACACUCACAUCAUACUGCCACCGCCAUUGCCCACCAGAAUGGAGUGCUGAAGCAGUGGUGGUCGGUAUUGCAAAGACCCGCCGGUUUUACCGCGAUAGAUUACUCGCGAGUGAAGAGAAGCACCGCUUGGCUUCUCGUAGGCGUCACGAAAACAGCCUCAGUGCUCUUCGCUGGAAAACAGAGCACAAUACCCCCAUAGCGCCCAAGUGUUUUGCUCAAAUGAUCUAUGAUUUGUUGCUAGCGUUGAAGGUGGACAUUCCUGAAAACUCGCUUCUACGAGGACUCGGCAAUGCAAGCGACAUACCCAGACUGGAGGUACUUGCAGACAUGCACCGUGCUAGCGCAGAAUUGUGUAAGUACUGGUGCCUCAAGCGGGAGGCCAAGAGGGGACCCUUGGUUCGUCCUAGUGCACACAAGCUGAUGCUUGUGGCCCAGGCAGCACAGCUUUACGACUCUGCAGCCGCCCAGGAGGCGCUUGCGUCACUACACGAGAAAAUCGAGUUUGGCCACACCUUGGUGGGGGACUUGGCCAAGGUUACCGAAAUGGCACUGCUUACACAACGCCGACAACAAUUAGCACUUGAACGUCUGCUUUUGGGCUUGUCGGCGUACGAUGCCGCCUACUUUCCUUUGUGCACAUUGGCUGCGAAACACUUGGCCUUGAUGUCUGAAAAGCUUGAUCCCACGAGGGCCUUGACUAAUUACAAGCCGCGCGAAGGGCCCAGCUUUGCAGAUGUCUUACGCAAGACAAGGCGAUUCGAGUACACUACAGUGGAGGAGAUCUCGGCAGACGUGGCGGCGUUGGUGGACGUUAGGGCAGGAGGAGCCUUGGGGAGAGCGGCUGCAAAAUGGCUGGCAUACUGGCAGAGCCACCGUGGUGAGCUUGAGGCUGCGGCGGCGGUGGAUUUGAGCAAAAUCCUGUUUGUUGAAGUGAAUGGCGGUGAACUUCGGUUGAAAGAGCACGACGCUGGCGCCGUGCUAGCUGAAGAGGGCUUGAGUGAGGUUGAGGACGUCACGGAGGAGCCGGCCAACAAGACAGCGUUGAAGGCAUUUUUGAAGGCCUGA